AAAAGGACUGAUGGCGAGCAAAAGCGGUUUUAACGCUUUAAUUGACUUUGUAAAGGAUCUUAUUGCAAAUGCUUCGCGAGGAAGCGGGUGAUGUUGAAGUGUACAUGGCCUCUUAUAGCUUCUGCCUUCGUCUUUGUUUUCUGGGCAUAAUCACGUUCUCUCUCUGUUCCGUUGUGUUCAUCAUGUCAAGAGGUUAUUUAUCAUUCUACGUCAGCCGAGGAUCUGAAAUUGUCGAAGAGGAAAGUAAUUCCAUCGAACGAAAACGCGAACUGCCCACCAUUAACAGCUACAGAGAAAACUUCAGUGAAAGUACUUGUAAAGAAGGGAAUUUUGAAGAUAUUUUAUUAGUUAUUGUCUUUGUGGAAAUCCUCUAUGAUUCAAUUCCGUUACUGGAGCGGCUUUACAGACAUCGUUUUCCACAUAUAGUUUAUUGCGGACCUACAAAACCACUAGAUGACCCCAAGUACAAGAUGAUUGUGUUCCCUAUGCUUCACGGAGUCACAGCUUACGAGUGUCUGAGCACUGCGAUCUGAACACAACCUCAGUUUACUGGUUACUUGUUCAUUAGAAACGAUUUGUUUCUAAAUUUUUGGACAAUUUCAAAUUUCAAUAGAUCUAGGAUAUGGGAAAGCUCUGAUCAGCUUGGUAACCAGGUUAUG